UUUGUUUAUUGUUGUGUAUUGUGUAUACAGUACACUAUACAGUUGUGAGAGGAAGCGGUCGUGUGAUGAAUGAUGAACCUGAAUUGUGCGGCUCGGCUGCGCCAACUUCGGAAAAUCUUAAAACUGGCAGUUCGUUUACCAGACGGACUGGAAUAUGCAUCACGACAUACAUACAUUAAAAACAGCCAGAUUAAUGAUUUCGUUAGGUCUUUGCAUCACGGUGGCGUUUGUGUGGACGAUUUAGAUUUGAGGAAUUACACUAAUAAAUUAAUCUCGGAGUACAAUAUGUUAGUGCGUGGUAGUGUUGCCGAUUCAAAAAGACUUACUGAAUUGCAACCGAUUAUUGACAUCCUCAAUAAGAAGAAGCAUUUGGAAGAGUCUUUGGAUGUUUUGAAUGAAUUAAAAGGAGGUGCCGCUGAUGAUAAGGAAUUUGGAAAAAUGGCUGAAAAUGAAGAGAAACUCUACAAGGAGAGACUGGCAGAAAUAAAUUCAAAGUUACUGGAAAUACUGAUGCCUGCUCAUCCAGAUGACAGUUGUAGUGGUGUAGUUCUGGAAGUUAUGCCAGGUGUUGGUGGUCAAGAAGCCAUGCUGUUUGCACGAGAAUUAUUUGACAUGUACCAAGCUUUUGCCGCUUUCCAGAAAUGGCAAACAGACUUAGCAGCACUUGACACCAGCGAGGGAGGUGGAGUGCGACAUGCGAGUCUCCUUGUCCAGGGUGCAGGUGCAUAUUCUCUCUUACGCCACGAGGCCGGUGUACAUCGCGUUCAGCGUAUUCCGGCCACUGAGAAGGCAGGGCGUAUACACACAAGCACAGUAGCAGUUGCAGUAAUGCCUCAGCCAUCAGAGGUAGAGGUCAUUUUAAGGGAGAGUGACCUGGAAAUCGAGACAAAAAGGGCAAGUGGAGCAGGGGGCCAGCAUGUUAACACUACCGACAGUGCUGUGAGAAUCACACACCGUCCUACAGGUAUUGUAGUGGAGAGUCAGGUUGAUAGGUCUCAACACAAAAACAAAGCUAUCGCCAUGGAGAGACUCCGUGCCCGCAUCUGGAAGAUGCGUACAGAAGAAGAGGAAAGUCGCUUGAGUGCUGAACGUAAAUCACAGAUUGGAAUGAGCAUGCGAUCGGAUAAGAUACGCACGUACAAUUUCCAGCGAGAUACUGUAGUAGAUCAUCGCAUACAUUUCGCUGUACAUAACUUGAGGGAAUUCUUGGAAGGUGGUUUGUUGUUGAACAACCUAAUGAGGAAGCUUCAGCAGGAAGACUACAAGGAGCGGCUCUUCUCUGUGAUCCACAGUUGAAAAAUUAUAGCCCAUAUUUACUGGAUGGCAGUUGGUGGUAUCAUGGCUGGCUUGAUGUUGACUGUAUUGAGGAAAAUUUUAGUGCCUUACUUUGCAACACUCGUGCCUUUUGUCAUUGAUGUCUGUGUCAAAUUUAUCACAAAGCACUGUGCAGGUUACAGUAGUGUGCCACAUUUUUGUAAUAUUGUAUAGUUAAUAACAUUUUAAAAAUCUGUGCCAAACAGGAAAGUAAACUGCUGAUGUUUUCAUUUAAGACUGGUGGCAAUCUCAUAUUUGAUGCUUCCUUUAAUCAUGGGGACAAUGACCUUGAUAUCUUGCCCAAUUUACCCAUGUACUCAUAAGUUUUGUCAGACUUGUUCUGUUUAUGUAUGGUCCAAUUUUGUUUUUUGAUGGCUGCAGGUUUAUUGUUGUGACAGCCCUUUAGCAAAUACUAUUUAAGUACAAGAUUUUAACCAAGACUUUUUUUUGGGAACUUCAUAUUUAAUAACUUCAGUUUACGCUGGUAGUCUGCAAGCUGUCAUUGAUAUCUGAAAAUGUACAUUACUUUUAUCACAUGAUGCUAUUGAGUGGCGCCAGCUUACUUCCACUCUUUUUUUGUGGUAGGAUGACAACCAGUUACCGGUUUGUUCUGGUUAUCAAACUGACAAAAAGAGAUGUUGUACUACAUGUUCUGUGAUAAGUAUGUCAGAUGCUGUAUUGAUUUGGAUAUAGGUUGCAAAAUAAAGAGAGCUGACAAUGUUAAA